GGUAAUUAUUUAAUGUAAAAAAGCCCAAACUUUUACUUUACUGGGUCUCAGGAGGAUAUACAGGAGCUUAUAAGCUAAUUAAUGAUUGAAAAUAACUGGGUCAUUGUACACUUUUACACUUAUCCUUAUUUACUUGGAGCAAAUUUAUGCACAGUUUUGUCGCUUUCCCUUCACUAAAUGAUCUGCUUUGCUUAUCAGUAUUUUCACACAGGUGUUCUGGGAGUCUGUUCUAGUUUGUCAUGUGCGGGUCUGUGCCGGGACCGGGGGCUCGGAGGUCUGGAGGCUGGAGGCUGAGACUGGACGGGGAGGAGACUACAGAUGUGGGGUGGUACAAUGUGGCGCUGUCUGUGAGGUCCUCCUGCACUCAGAGGACGCAUGAGAGCUGAGCCCAGUCGGAGCAGACAAAAUCCAACUUAGUGUCAAAGUCAGUCUACCUCCACAGUGACCAUGAGAGUCCUCCUGCUCAUCUGCAUGCCAGUGCUGCUGCUCGCCCAGGCCCAGUACCAGGAACCCAUUCCUUAUUUGGACAACUAUGAUCCUUAUGAUUUUCCAGAGAAUGUAGACUUGGACAACCAUGACUCUCUUCCUGGAACCUACCAGCAGCAGGUUCGACUUGAGCCAGUGGUCCGUCCAGAAAAAACAGGGUCUGAGUUGGAGACAGAGCCCACAGAGCCUGGCCCUCUUGAUUGCAGAGAGGAGCAGUACCCCUGCACCAGACUGUACUCCGUCCACAAGCCAUGCAAACAGUGCCUGAACAGCCUCUGCUUCUACAGUUUGCGACGGGUGUACGUCAUCAACAAGGAGGUUUGCGUGAGGACUGUGUGUGCACAUGAAGAACUGCUCAGAGCGGAUCUGUGCCGUGAUCAGUUCUCUCGCUGUGGCGUGGCGGCGCUGAGUGGCCAGUGUGCAUCACUAGGAGGAAGCUGUGGAAAGAGCUGCGGUGGCUGUUGAUUGAGCACCGAGAUCAGGGACACUACCUGCCCAAAUACUGCCGCUUUUUCCACCACUCGUCCACAUCUUCUCCUCCUCACAUCACCCUCACACCCCUCCUGAACAUCUCAUUACUCCUGUGCAUAAGGCACUUCUCUUUUCUGUCUAUCUGUGUGUUUUCUAUAUAUGUCUGCCCAGUAGAUCCCGUGUGUAUGGAUAAAUAUACUCUAAAAAAAAAAAACCUUGAUGAUUGUACAAAUCACUGGUGCUAUAAAAUCAUCACACUGGUGCUAUGAACAGUUAAGUAUUAGAGAUGCACAUAAAACACAUAUUCUUUACCAUAUUAAUCUCCUGCAUUGUGUCUGUUGAUAUUUUACUGUACUUGUGUUAAAAAGCAGUCAUUAUUAUGAUGAUGGCAACUGUGCACUGACAUCAAACAGAACUAACCAAUAUCCAGCCGUCGUUAAGUCUCAUUGUUGAAGAUCAUGAGAUAUGUGAAGAAACAGGUGGUGAGUGACCUCAGCAUUUGUGCUGCUGCCGCCUGGAUCUGUGCUCAACUACGUACUCAUAUCCCAGUGGCAACAAGUGCUUUAAAAAGGCAUCUCACCAACAGCCUCUGUACUACUGCUUUGUAAAACGGUCACUAUAAAGACUAAGAAAAAAAUAAACUUUUUUUUACUACA